AUGCGUGAGUAUGGACUAUCAGUUACGGGAUCAUACAGCAAUCUCACAGAUGAGGAGCUGGACAAUCUUGUGCGCUCAGUUAAAUUGAAGAUGCCGCAUAUAGGUUAUAGAAUGAUGAAGGGUGAACUGCAAGCGAUGGGACACCGUGUCAGAUGGGACCAGGUUUCAGCAUCCAUGCACAGGGUGGAUUCUGCAGGGAUCUUGGAGAGAAUGGCACGUUUAGGCUGUGUUGCUAGAAGAACAUAUUCUGUCAAGGGUCCCCACUCACUGUUCCACGUGGACACAAACCACAAACUUAUCAGAUAUGGAAUUGUUAUCUUUGCUGGGAUUGAUGGGUAUUCACGAAAGAUAAUGUACCUGGGUUCUGCAAAUAAUAACAAGGCAUCAACAGCACUUGGUUUCUUCAUGAGCUCAGUUGAAAAGUUUGGCUUUCCAUUAAGAGUUAGAGGAGACCAAGGGUCGAAAAUGUCGGCAUUGCUCAAUGCAUGUUCACUGUUCAUGGCUGUGGCAGAGCAAGCUACAUGUCGGGAAAAAGUGUGCAUAAUCAAAGGGUGGAGCUUAUGGCGUGACGUGUGGAUGGCAGUAACAAGGGUAUAUUAUGAGUUACUUCAUGGUCUUGAAGAGGAGUGCCUGCUUGAUCCCUCCAACAGCCUUCAGCUAUUCUGUGCCCAGUACAUAUUUGUACCACGCCUCCAAAUGGACCUCGACACUUUUACAGCCGGGUGGGAUAACCAUCCUCUGCGAACGGAACAAAACCUGACUCCCAAUCAACUUUGGACCAUUGGAUUGCUCCAGUAUCCUGUGGCUGCUCCAGAGAAUCUAGAGGAUUUGCAAGAUCACUUCUUGGAUUUCAACCCUGACAGACAAGAAGCUGCUGCUGCUAGUGGAGUAGUUCUACCACCCAUCCAGUGCCCUCUGGGGCCACAGGCUAUGGCUGGACUGAGGGAAGCCAUCAAUCCUAUCAGUCCCUCCCAGGACAAUGGAAAAGACAUUUACAAGGCUGCGCUUGACUAUGUAACACAUCAUUCAAACUUGGCAGGAUAACAUGCAGUCUGUAAUAUAAAUGUUCAAUGUUUUUUGUGACUUAAAUGUUUUAUCUGAAAUUAUUGUGGGGACGGUGUUGGAUAUGUUUUACUAUGCAGUAUAUAAACAACUCAGUCUGCCAUGGUAAAGAUAUCUAGUUUUAUUCUGCCGUUACUUGUUUUAAACAACCAAAUGAACCUCCCACAACUUUCAACAGUUUUUAUUUGUUAAACAUAAAUCUAGUGUAUGUAGAUAUUUCUAAUCUGGCGUCUUAAAUAGCAUUAGACAGAUCAACUCAACUCAACAUGCUAUGUUUGAUGUCUUGGUAAUGAAGAAUUUAAAA